AGACAAGAAAAUUCUAGAAGGUGAACCAUUAACCAGAGUGUCUCCGCCAUUUCAACCCUUCCUAGAAAAAACAGAAGCCUCACCCUGUUCUUUCCUUGUUGCUGUUCUCCUUCUCUGCUCUAAGUGGAAGUUUGCUGGAUUCUCUGCGUGCGUUGACGUUUGUGCUUGGCAUCACUUGCAAUGGGCGUAGUCACCGUUUCCAGCACGCCGUCGAGGACAUCGCCCCUCGGCAUCGGCUCCGGUUACUCCGCCGGCUGGUCGCAUCCGCUCCGGCGGCGUCCGGUCUCCAUCGUCGCCUUCAAAUCAUCGGAUCCGAACUUGGUAAAGCCCUUAACCAAAUCUAGAAAGCAACCGAAGCGAACCCAGUCUGUUUCCCUCGAAUCCGCCUCUGCUUCCCCUUCAUUGAGCACGGUGGAUGUGGACUACAGUGAGGUUGCCGAGGCGCUAGAGAACAUCUAUAAGCUGAGCCCGGCAGAGGUUUCUGACAUGGAGUUCGAUUUCAAUCUUGGUCGUGGGGGGCACACGAGGAAAAGGGUCAAGCAGAGCGUGGAGGGAGAAGAAGGGAUCGUGAUAAACGGGAAGAGGAGGAUGAGAAGAUUGAGUUUGGAUGCGAGGAUUGCCUUGCGGCGUACAAGGAAGGAGGAAGGAGAUGUAUUUGCCAGAGAUGGUGUGAGGAAGAGGGCCACGGAGGGGGAGAUGGAGGAAGUAGAAUUGGAUAAGUUGUUGAGGGAGUAUUCUGUAUCGAUUGACUUGGUUAGUUUGGAUUGGAGGAAGAUGAAGAUUCCGCCAGUUCUCUCUUUUGCUGAGCAUAAGUGGCUUUUCAAGCUGAUGCAGCCUACGAAGGGGAUACUAAAGGUGAAAGAGAAUCUACAUGGGGACUUGAGUAGAGAACCGACAAAUGGAGAGUUAGCAGAAGCAGUUAACAUGAAUGUUAAAAAAUUGAAAAGAGAGUUAGAAGUUGGUCAUGCUGCAAGAAACAAAAUUAUCAAGCACAAUCUUCGGCUGGUCUUGUUUGUGAUUAACAAGCAUUAUCAAGACAUUGCAAAUGCUCAAAAGUUCAACGACCUUUGUCAAGCAGGAGUGAAGGGACUUAUUAUGGCGGUUGAUCGCUUUGAACCAAAGCGUGGUCUGCGGUUGUCUACUUAUGCUCUCUUUUGGAUUCGACAUUCUAUAGUUAGAUCUAUGACACUCUCAAGUUUCACCCGUGUUUCCUUCGGUAUUGAGGCGGUCAGACAAGAAAUCCAGAAGGUCAAACUAGAACUGGCCGUCCAACUCCAGAGGUCACCAACUGAUGAAGAGAUAAUUGAAAGGAUGAGAAUAUCACCCGAGAGAUACUACGUGGUGUUAAAGACCUCAAAAUCAGUACGUUCUCUCAAUGGAAGGCAUACAGUUACACAAGAAGAAUUUAUUGACGGGAUAGCAGACAUAGAUGGUGUGGGUGGCGACAAGCGUAGACAGCCUGCUCUCCGUCUAGCUAUUGAUGAUGUGCUCGAUUCACUUAAGCCAAAGGAAAGCUUGGUCAUUAGACAAAGAUACGGAUUAGACGGCAAAGGAAGACGAACCUUGGGAGAGAUAGCAGGAAACCUCAAUGUAUCGAGGGAGAUGGUUCGAAAACAUGAGCUGAAAGCGUUGAUGAAGCUCAAACAUCCAGCUCGACUUGAUUACCUUCGCAGAUAUAUUUGAAGUAAAACACAUUUUAUUCGUUUUUUUGCAUCUCCAAUUGCAGUAAAUGCUUGUCUCCAGUCCCUCAUUUUAGAUGGGUAAUAGCUUGUGUAUUAUAUAGUACAAUAACACAUCAUGAGUAUAGAAUUUAUUUCAUCGUUCUUGUGAACGCUAGCUUGUGGAACCUCACAUGUAAUAUAUACUAUCUUAUAGAUAUGAUAUUGUAAAGGUUACCAAAGUAAUUCGUGUGCUGCA